AUGAAGCUGACACCGAUACGAGUCCGCGGGAAGAGGGGCCAAGCUAAGCGUGAAAAGAAGCCUAAAGACGAGGGACUCGGUGAUGCCGAAUUGGAAGGACUACCAGUAUCAAGCACGAAACGAGCCAGAAAGCACCAUAGGAAGGAUGGUGACGCCAGGAUGAAAAAGGGCUACUCACGGCUCUCUGAUCUUCCUCAAGAGGUCCUCGAGCGUGUCUUCAUUGCUUCGCAUAAUCUAUCUCUCCCCCUCGUCAACCGUGAGUUGCACCACCGUCUGUCGAGCGACUCCAUCAAAUAUCAGAUGGUCGGUGCCGCCUUCGGGUCAACGUGGGAUGCCCAUUACGGUAUAGACAAGUUUGAGGUCUCCUCCUACGACGGCUGGCAAUGGGAUGCGGAAAGGACCGAAGGCGAUCCUCAAUUCCAGUCCGCAAUACUCGCCUGUUCCUGGGCGAAGACUCCAAUGCUCCUAUCUUCCUUUGAUGUCUGGGUCCGACAGCAUGCUGCCGGGCGGGCAUACUUCACCAUUCCUCAACUGAAAAAGGAGCGCUUGGCGGACGUUCCACGUACAGGCAGUCUGUACGACAGGGCGUACAUUACCAACGACGACGAUGAGAGCGCUUCCGCCAUGACCAUGCGCGAGAAGCUCGGCUUCGACUUCGACUGUUUCCAGAGAUACAUUCUUCCCUCCAGCACAGACUCGAAAGGCUCCUCUGGCCGGCAAUCCCUCAAGAUGCUCGGCGAUCGGCUCCGCGCUCUACUCGGCACACACCUCGAAAUCAACCCUGGCACAAAGAUUCCAGUGUCCCUGUUAUCAGGGCCUUUCGAAUCUGACGACGGGACGAUCGACACCGGGAUCGAGAAGAUGCAGCGCCUGUUCUGGCUCGUGCGCGGCGGCGCCUGCCUCCAAGAAGACCAGACAUGGGAGGCCACACGGACAGGAUUCCAGCAGAUCCUGCAGCUCGUCGCCAGCUCCGGGGCCCGAGACCCCCGGGACGACCACGACGAGCCCACCAGCGGCCAAGGCGCGGCGCCACCAGCACCAUCACCCCUGGAGAGGCUCAAGCUCGCGGCGGGCCUCCUCGCCCUGUUCGACUUCCUGGGCGUCUUCGACGCGCAGUGGCCGCGCUACAUCGUGCAGACGUCGCUCCUGCAGGUGUCGGGGCUGAUCCCGGUGUCGGUGCCGCGGUCGGCGCAGGAGUCACUCCUGGGCGCGCUCGCCUCGAAGCUGCGCGGCGUGCUGGGCCGGCACAGCGGGCGCGUCGACGCGCGGCACGUCGACAUGGCGUGGACGCGGGCGGCUCGUUUUGAGAGUCCCCGCGCGUAUCUGCGGGAAGCCACUUUUGCGGACGUCUGUCGGCAGCGCGCAAAGAUGUUCCUCUAUCCGCCGGAGGGCUCUGCUGAGAAGGAUAACCUGCCCUCGUCGCCCGUGGCGGGAGCUGCUGCGGGCGGGUUUGGGCAUGAGCCGUGGUCAGACUUUGGCCUGGACUGA